UGGAAGGUCAGAUUUGUGUAUGUUCCAUUAAAAAAUAAACAAAUAAUAACAAAAAGCAUUGUUUUGUGGUCAAUUAACUUGCAAAUGCAAGCAAGAUGGGUAACCAACUGGUUGGCAUUGCACCAUCGCAGAUUUAUGCUGUGGAACACUACUUUUCUGGCCAAUUUGGCAACGAAAUUAUUUUCGAUCUAAACAUGGGCAGUACGCGAUUUUUUAAAGUUGCCAAAGCAAAAACCGACGAAGGCUUAAUAGUAGUUAAGGUGUUUGUUAAGCAUGAUCCUACAUUACCGCUGGAAGAUCACAAGGAGCGUUUGGAGAGCAUCAAGAAAACAUUAACGAUGGCUAAUGCAGUCAACUGUUUGCCAUUUCAGCGUGUGGAGCUGAUCGACAAGGCGGCGUAUAUUAUGCGCGAGUUUGUUAAACACAGUCUGUAUGAUCGGGUAUCCACACGACCAUUUUUAACUGUGCUGGAAAAAAAGUGGAUUACUUUUCAAAUUCUUUGCGCUUUAAAUCAGUGCCACAAGCAAAAGAUCUGCCAUGGCGACAUAAAGCUGGAGAACAUCCUUAUCACGUCUUGGAAUUGGAUAUUGCUAUCUGACUUUGCCAGCUUCAAGCCUACUUAUCUACCUGAAGACAAUCCUGCAGAUUAUACUUAUUUUUUUGAUACUAGCAGACGCCGGACUUGCUAUAUAGCACCCGAACGCUUUGUCAAGACUUUGUCCUCUGAAGAUGAUCCCAGCAAUGGCAAUAUGUCUGUUAUACACUCCGAUUCAAUAAUACGUGUGCCUCCAUCUUAUGCUGGUAACACUUUGUUGCCCGCGAUGGAUAUAUUCUCAGCUGGAUGUGCGCUGUUGGAACUAUGGACAGAGGGCACAGCACCUUUUGAGCUAUCGCAGUUACUUGCCUAUAGGCUCGGUGAGCGUGAGCUGGUGGAAAAGCAUUUAGCGGGCAUUGAGAAUGAACGUCUGCGUAAGCUGUUGGCUUCUAUGAUUGAUAUUAACUCGCUGAAUCGCAAAAGUGCAGAAGAUUAUUUGGACCAGGAGCGUGGCAAAUUAUUUCCAGAAUAUUUUUACUCAUUUCUGCAAUCAUAUUUACAAAUGUUUUCCUCAACGCCAAUAAUGUCGCCGGAUGAUAAAAUUCAAUGUCUACAUAAAGACAUUGGACAUUGCAUUAAGGUGCUGACCCAGGCGCAGGACAUAACACCCAGCGACGAUGAAGAUAUAGGCUUUGUGUGCGAGAAAAAAGAUCCAGUUAAAUGCGAACGACUGCCGCCAGAUCAGGAUGGGCUUAUAUUAAUUAUAUCAGUGGUCACCUCUUGCAUACGAGGUCUUAAGCAGACAAAUACCAAAAUUGCUGCACUCCAGCUGCUGCAAAAGCUGUCGAAAUAUACCACAUCGGAGACCAUACUGGACCGCAUAUUGCCCUAUAUACUGAACUUGGCACAAAAGUCUCCAGCAAAGGUGCAAGUACAGGCCAUUGAAACAUUGACUGCCUGCCUAAGCAUGGUCAAGGACAUUCCACGAAGCGAUGCUAAUGUGUUUCCCGAAUACAUACUGCCGUACAUUACGGAUUUGGCCAGUGAAUCGAGCGCCGUCAUAGUGCGUGUGGCAUUUGCACGUCAUAUUGCUGCAUUGGCCAAGAGCGCUGUUUACUUUCUUGAGGAGACGCAGCGUAAUGCACCCAAUGAAAUGCCCACGCCACGCUACGAGGCUGAGUUGAAUGCGCUGCACGAUAUUGUGCGACAGGCGGUUUUGAGUGUGCUCACCGAUUCGCAGCCUAUUGUCAAGCAGACGCUCAUGGAGUCGGGCAUUUGUGAUUUGUGCGCAUUUUUUGGCAAGGAAAAGGCUAACGAUGUCAUACUCUCCCACAUUAUGACAUUUCUCAACGAUGAGGAUAAAAAUUUGCGAGGCGCAUUUUACGAUAAUAUUGCCGGAGUUGCGGGGUAUGUGGGCUGGCAGGCAUCGGAUAUAUUGGUGCCAUUGCUUCAACAAGGCUUUACAGAUCGCGAGGAGUUUGUCAUCGCCAAGGCCAUACGUGCUGUGACUAUACUCAUAGAACUAGGACACAUUAAGAAGCCCACAGUUACGGAGAUUGUGCAUGAGUCCGCUUGCUAUUUGUGUCACCCAAAUCUGUGGGUGCGUCAUGAAAUUUGCGGCAUGAUUGCCACUACAGCGCGUAAUCUAAGCGCAAUUGAUGUGCAAUGCAAGAUUAUACCAGCUAUUGGUAGAUUUCUCAAAGCUCCACUAAUACAAGUUGAGAAACCACACAUAUUGCUGGACUGCGUACUGCCGCCCAUACCGAGACAAAUCUUUGACAGCGUGCUGCGCUAUCAGGACAUACAACAAUUUGUUUAUGCACUGGAGGAACGUGCGCGUGUUCGCUCCAAGACAAGACCCGGCGUGCAGCCACAGUAUGAGCAUUCCAGUCAGCUGCUUCGCAAUCUUUUCCGCAGACUCAACUCGGAGGGCUUAUGCGAGACCAUUGAACUACAGCUACUGGCCAUGAAACCAUUCUUAAUAUCACUGAAGCAUAAGGCGCAGCUGGAACUGGAUGAUGCUUGCUCGGCCAAUGGACGUAUUGUGGUCAGUCGCAAGCAUGUGGCCUGCCACGAAUAUCCGCUGGCGGAUAAGGCGCCAAAGCUAAUAAUGGAUAAUAGAUCCAAUGAGCCGGCUGUGUUGGCUUCACCGGCUACAGAGGCGGUUGCCACACCACAUAUGGGGGGAGCUUUAGUUGUUGGGUCUGGUGGCAGUCCUGCAUCUGGUGCAAUAGUGAUGGGUGCGCCCGCAACUACAGUUAGCGCUGCCACUUCCUUGGGUGAAUACACCAUGCCGGAUCGUAAUUAUUUACUGGAGCGUUCUUCGGAGUGUUGCAAGGACUUGGAAUCGCUAACGCAAAAGAUUAAGCGUAGCUAUAGAGUGUUGAGCCUUUCACAACGUUGCAAUUAUGACAAGCUGCAGACGCCAUAUCCUGCUAACUGGCAAAUGGGUGGUACUCUGGUAGCCCAUCUGCAUGAGCAUUCCGAAUCUGUUAUAAAACUGGCACCGCUACGUCCCGACGGUUCUUUAUUUGCCAGUGGUAGUAUCGAUGGCACUGUUAGAUUAUGGGACUGCAGCAAGCUCAACGGUAAUCAUGGCAUUAACAAAUCACGCCAGGUCUAUUCUGCCAAAACUCCAAUUUAUGCCUUGGCAGCUUAUGAUGCGGGUCAAUCGCUGGCAGUAGGCGGCAAAGAUGGCAGCUUACUCAUAAUGCGCAUUGAUCGCAAUUCUACCAAGAUGACGCUGCAGCAAGCACUUGACCAGAAUGAAUAUGAUGAUGGACCUGUUGUGGAUAUGCAUGCCUAUGAUCAAGCGCCGCAUAGCGUCAUAAUAUAUGCAACCCUUUAUGGCGGCAUUAUUGCCUGGGAUACACGCAUGCAGCAUAGCGCUUGGCGUCUACAAAACGAGCUACGUCAUGGUGUUAUUACUACAAUUUGUGCGGAUCCUACGGGCUCUUGGCUGGCAACGGGUACCAGCGGUGGCAAACACAUAUGCUGGGACUUACGCUUUCGAUUACCCAUUACAGAGAUUAAGCAUCCGGCUGACUCAUGGAUAAGAAAGGUCGCCUGUCAUCCCACCGAACCAUCAUAUUUGAUCUCAGCAUCACAAUCAAAUAAUGAGGUAUCGAUCUGGAACAUUGAGACGGGACAGCGACAGACCGUGCUUUGGGCUAGCUCUGCUCCAGUUUUAACCAAUACCAGUCUUAAUGAUCCUGCUACAAAUUGUGGCAUUUUGAGUGGCGUUGUUGAUGGUUCAGCUUUUAUUCUGACGGGCAGUUCGGAUCAGCGUAUUAGAUACUGGGACAUUGGAGCACCAAAGAACUCUUCGCUUAAAGUGCCAGCAGCAAACGAUAAUCUAGCCAAUGUAUCAUUCAACUACAGCGCACGCCUUAUCGAUGGCAGCCAGGUAAUUGACGAGCAAAUCAUUCCCAAGAGCAAUGCCGUUGAUUCACAGCAAAUGCGCUCAUCAACGGAAGAUCCGCCCAGAUCUGGACCCGACAUGCCCAGAGCGAGCCAUCAUGAUGCCAUUACCGAUUUACUCAUGUGCAAGGAUAAAGGGCAAAUAUAUAUAGCAUCAGCAUCGCGAGACGGUGUCAUCAAGUUGUGGAAGUAGUGUGUAAUUUUAAUUAUGUAAACUGUGAUUAGCCCAAUUAAACUACUUUAUUGAAAAACA